GAGGAACUUCCCACACUUCCCACAUUAUGUGAAGUCCAGUUGCGAUGUAGUUACAGUAAACACCUCAGAUCGAUGAGCUGCUGUCAGAUAGCUCUCAGUUUGAUGUGGAAUAGUUGAAGCUGAAAUGAGUCUGCCAACCAGGGAACAGUUUGAAGAGUGGAGCUCAGCACAGGUAGCCAGCUUCUUGUCUCAGAACAAGAUGCGAGACUGUGCUGUGACAGUGCAGAGAAUGAAGAUUGAUGGCCGGUGGUUUCUGAAUCUCUCUGACAACGAUCUGAGCAAGUUCAGCCUCAUCCACCGACCGCAAAUCCAAAAAAUAGUUCAGGACAUCAAAAAGAACGACGAUAGCAUUUUCAAUCGAUUAAAACGGUUCCAAACUGAACAAACGGCCAAUAUUCUCAAAACUGGCAGAAAUACAAUAGACAGACUAAAAAACAAAGGACCUCCAAAAGUACCUGCAAGAGACUACCCUGGUGAUAACCAGGACACUGAGGAAUCAUCCGAUUCAGAAUUUGACAAUGACCUGUAUGAAGAACCACAGGGUGAUUACAGCUAUGAGCCUCCCCCUUGUGAGAGAGUCUUCACUCCUCCCCGAGUGAUCAAAUACACUGGAGGAGAUUACCUGGACACACGUCCUGGUCCACAAACACAGACUAAACCGAAGAAGCCCUUCUUACCAACCAAACCUCGAAUUCCAGAGAAGCCUAAACAAGCAGAAAAGUAUGAUGAGGACUAUAUUGAUCCUGAGGAUGACACAGACGAUAACUAUAUUGACCCUUCUGAGAAAGAUCACCAAGGAAUGCAAUCAGGACGCUCAUACAGUCCAGAUGUCUAUGAGAUUCCUGACCAGGAUAAUUCUCCAUCCAUCAGCAGGUGCAGCCCAAAGCUACACCCCCCUGCACUACAGCUGCCCCCUAAACCAAGUCCCAGAAUUAACAUUAAGAAGCAGGUUAUCUGUCCAGAGCCAGAGGAUGAGGAUGACUAUGAAAUUUGUAUCGACGAUGACAGUUUGACAGAAGAGCAGGAGAAGAAGACUGUAGAAAACAGAUGGCCAUCUAUCCCUGUCCCUCUGCCAAGAGAUGUGAAGAAUCCAAAACCACUAGUUUUCCAGAAGCCAAGCAUUCCAUCUAGAGACCACGAAGCUCGGGAUCCAGCUCUCGCUGUGGUCUCUCCACCCACUACAGGAUUUCAUCUUGUAAACAGGUCUCUGCCGCGUGACAACCUCUGCCAGAAAUCUCCACCAGGGAGAGGAAGCUUAUCUCAGGAGGACAGUGCCACUAGGCAGCAAGAGGAGGAGGCUGGUGUGUAUAAGAAGCCCUGGUACGCCAGUACCUGUGACCGUAAAACAGCAGAGGACGCACUCAUCCGAUCAGCCAAGGAUGGUUCUUACCUGGUGAGGAAGAGCUCAGGAGUGGACGCCCUGCAGCCCUACACUUUAGUUGUAUUCUACAAUGGACGGGUUUACAACAUCCCAGUGCGCUAUAUUCCCAGCACCAAACAGUACGCCCUGGGCAAGCAGAAGAACAGAGAAGAGCGAUUCAAAACUGUCUCUGAAAUCAUCGAGAACCACCAAAAGAACACACUCGUGUUGGUGGACAUGCAAAGCAACACAAAAGACAGCACUAGUCUGAAGCAUGCUGUAAAGCCGUGACUCAAUUCCACUGAGGUUCCUGCACUGUCAUGAUUCUCCAGAACUACCAGGAACAAACAGUUUGGUGAAAAACUGAAGACUGGUGAAGGAAAGAAUGUGUCAUUUUGCUGGCAUGCUACAGGCUGUGAGGAUAAUUUAAUAGUGAUCAAAAAGUAAAGUGUUGCUCAUACUGACAACUGGGCUGUAUAAGUGUGUAAAGUAUUCGUAAAUAAGCUGUAUUUAAUGCACUUAUAUUGUAUACUAUAUUUUGCUUUAUCUCAAGACAAGACAAUUUGGUAAAAUAUUUUGAACCAUUUGAAACAUUUAAUUAUAAUCAGUUUUAGUAAUGAUACUCAGGAUGAAAGUGGAAGCUGAAUUACCUUAUUUCAAUUGUACACAUACACUGCCUGGCCAAAAAAAAGGUCUAAAUAAGCAAAUACUUAAGAGCCUAUGAUUGGAUCAUUACUGUAGUGAUUAAUAUGUUUCAGAUGGUAACAAUUCUUUUAACCUUAACUGAUGCAGUGUGUAGCUUCUCAUUUCUUAAACAAACAUAGUAGAUUACGUAUCCCGUGGUCGUGGAAAAGAUGUUACUGAGGGAUAAAUUGUUGGCCUGCAUCAAGCAAAGAAAACCACUAAGGAGAUUGCUGAAAUCACUGGAACUGGGUUAUGAACUGUCCAGUGCAUUAUUAAAGCCUGGAAGGAUAGUAGUGAACCGUCAACUUUACAGCAGAAAUGUAGUCGGAAAAAAAUCUUGAAUGAUCGUGAUCGGAGAUGUUUAAAACGCUUGGUGAUGUCACAUCGUAAAAAAAUCGACAGGAGAUCUCACAGCUAUGUUUAAUAGUGAAAGUAAAAGCAUUUCCACACCCACAAUGUGAUGAGAACUUACAGGAUAUGGACUAAACAGCUGUGUGGCCACAAGAAAGCCAUUUGUCAGUGAGACUAAUCUGAAAAAAUGACUUCAAUUUGCUAGGGAGCAUAAAGACUGGAAUGUGGAGCAAUGGAAAAAGGUCAGAUUUACCCUAUUCCAAAGCAAUGGGUGUAUCAGGGUAAGAAGGGAAAUGCAUAGCGCCUACUGUACAAGCCUCUGGAGGCAGUGUUAUGAUGUGGGGUUGCAUCAGCUGGUCAGGUCUAGGCUCAGCCUCAUUGUGUGGCAAUAAAAUGAAGUCAGCUGAGCACCUGAACGUACUGAAUGACCAGGUUAUGCCGUUAAUGGCCUUUUUCUUCCCUGACGGCACAGGCAUAUUCCAGGAUGAAAAUGCUAAGAUUCAGGAUGAAAAUGAAAGAGUUGUUCAGGGAGCAUGAGGAAUCAUUUUCACACAUGAAUUGGCCACCACAGAGUCCUGACCUUAACCCCAUUGAAAGUCUUUGGGAUGUGCUGGAGAAGACUUUACGGAGUGGUUAGACUCUCCUGUCCUCAAUACAAGAUCUCAGCCAAAAAUGAAUGCAUAAGUUGCAUAAGGUUGUUGAAACAAUGCCAGGAUGAAUGCAACAAAAUAUUAGAUUGUGCGACUUUUUUUUUUUUUUUUUUUGGCCAGGCAGUGUAUUUUGAACCAUUUGAAACAUUUAAUUACAAUCGGUGUUAGUAAUGAGACUCAGGAUGAAAGUGGAAGCUGAAUUACCUUAUUUCAAUUGUACAUGUAUAUAUAUUUGAAGUUCUGGCCAUUCCAAGUUAAAAACAUUUCUCACAUUUCUGGUUU